AAACUCGAUCAAUCAACCAAUUUGCAUUCAGUUCCAUUUUGCUACACCACAGUGAAACAACUACCAAACAACACAGUAAUCAAAAUGUUCAAAUACUUCGCUCUCGUUUUCGUCGCUCUCCUCGCCUUUGCCGUCGCCGAGCCUAAACCCGCUGUGGUAGCAGCACCAUUGGCCUACUCAGCCCCACUAGUCGCCUCUCCCUACACCGCUGCCUAUACUGCCCCAUAUGCCGCUUACGCCGCCGCUCCCUAUGCCGCCUACGCUUCACCUUACGCUUCACCCUACGCCGCCUACUCCGCCUACUCAGCUUACCCAUACAGCGGCGCCUAUGUGCUCCGCAAGUAAAUGGAAGCUGAAAAACUAAUAUAUUGCUCUUGAUGAAGUGAAUAGUCAAUUGAUUUCGAAUAUGAGUCCUCAGGAAUAUGAAAAAAAAAAUAAAACGAAUAUUAAAAUAACAAAAAAGCUUUAUACUUUUUUUACUACUCAAAUAAAACCUGUUUUCUGUCAAAAG